UGACUACCUUGUUUACAUGGUCUGUUGGGCACAUUUAACGAAGCUGCAAGAGCCCUAUUAAAUAUGCAGUUAAAACGUUCCGUGAAAAAGAUAAUUGUUUCUACAGUUCAAACGCACUAGGAGCGAUUAUGCCCAAUAGGCCAAUAGCUCAGCUGAUUGUGUUUUCAUAUGCGUUUUCGAAAACCUCUGAGAACUAUUCUUGUAUUGAUGAUCCAGAAAUGAAAACUUGCGUGAUUUUUUAAGGCUCAAAUACAAAUUGAAAAAAAAGCAAACGAUAACACUGGUCGACAAAAGUGGAAAAAUGAUGCUCAGAGCUCAAAAUAGUUUUCCUAAAUAGAUUAUAGUUUUCUAACCAUUGCUUUGAAUUUUGAAGCCAGAAGUGCGUCAAAAUGCCACACAGUGAAUGCUCGUCGGAUUCGUCGCUUCUACGUUAGCUUACGGGAAAACUUAUGGCACUGCGUUGGAGAUUCCUGACAUGGAGGAUGAAUUUUACUUGGUGGAGACGGAUAGUUUGAAUUUAUUAGACCAAAGAGAAGAAACUGUAGUCGAACAAUGUUCGACUAUUGUCAGUCAGGCUAAUAUGUGCAAUAAGGUGCCGGAAGUAUCGCUGUUUAGUUAUGUAAUAAACGACGUACAACAGGAAAUAGAGCAGCCGGGUAUCAGAGCCCUGAAGCCAAGUAAUUGGAACAUAGAAUCAGACAAUCAAGAACUCGAUACUCAUGUAGAUAGCUUGGACAACACGUACUUUACGCCAAAUGACCUGCGAGAAUUAUUGAAGCGUACAGACACCGGCAAAGCUAUUUUAAGUAACGCUUAACAUGGAACACUUUCGAAAGACAGCAAAAAAGAACUAUCAGGAAUAAUUGCGGAAAAUCAUAUAAAGCGAAGUGGAGGACGAGGACGCUUUUCAAAAGAUUAUUUGAAAAACUAUUCGAAAUGCAUUGAACUUCUUCUGCCACACGAAAAGCAAGAUAUGAUUACGUAUUAUAUUCCAGCAGCACCACCUGAACGGCGAAAUCCCGGUGGUAGCAUUCAUCAAGCAUAUAAACGAUUGAAAGGGACCAUCAGUAAAAGGCAAGAUAGGGAAUUAGACCAUCAAAGGAAGUUGGGUGGAAAAGAAAACUCAUCUACAUCAGAUAUAAUCGAGCGGGACUCCAAGGUUGACCAGGCACGAAGAUGGUUACAGCUCAACAUCCGUCCGUGGGAUAUUGUAUUAAAAAUGUGGAAGGAAACGUUUCACCUUCGUAUUACCUGCUUAAGAAGCCUGAAGUGUGGCGAUAUUUUAAUAAAAUAUCCCCACUAUAAAGAGGAGCUCGGAUAUCAACUGAUCGAUGAAGAUUACCGUGAUUUGGGAUACAAAGAAAAAAGAGCUAACUGGAAAAAUAUAAUCGCAAAUUAAGGACGUAUUUCAUAUUGAAAGUUCGAAGCCAGAACUCUCUUGUAGUGCUGGAAUUUAUGAAUCGUUCAAAUCAAUCUGAAGAUGCCCUCGUUUGUUGCUUUUUAAUUCUACUCAAUUGUUGUGUAAAACCUAGCAAAAUUACAAAGACCAUGAGACCAGCAAUUCUAACCGCACAGGAAGAUGUGCUAAUGUUUGCUGGUAGUCUGGACUCUGCGCGCGAGUCCAUCAAAACACUUUUUGAAGCUUACGCUGCCCAAAAUAUUACGCCACAUCCCAAAAUAGUCGCCAUUGGAGUUGAUUACACCUCUACGAAAAGAGAGUUCUAUGUGCUUUACGAGGAUAUAGUAUACAAACUGGAUUCAGCGGCUCGAGCCGUAGAUGUCUUGAUUAAGAUGGGCAACAUUUUUAAACUACCGUUUUCAAAAAUUACCAAGCUUGUGUGGUAUACUAUCGGAGAAGUUAUCUAUGACACAAGAGCGCCAGCGCAAUAUAAGCAAAUCGAAGAGAUUAAAGCGAUAUGUCUAUGAAUAACUCUAUUUGUUGCUUCGUCAAAGAUUGCCGAUACAUUUCGUGUUAUAUUUAAGGCCCGAAUACACACACGGCGUAAUGAUGCCUUCUCCAUACAAAUUAAAAGGCGUAAUCGCGCCUUCCGUAGGGACGCCUUCCAGCCAGAACCUUUCAGCUGUGCCUCCUAUUGGAGAAAGUAGUCGUUCGCCGCCUUCGGCUGCGUACUUGACUGCCUUCCGUGUAGACGCAUCGUGCCUUCCACACAGCCUUGUGUCGCCUUCUUUUGGCGAAGGCGGUGGCAUCGCCGUGUUGUAUCAUAUUUCGCCUGCUGGUGGUUCUAGAAGUGUGUUGCUUUAUUUUUCUUCCAACAAACAUAAACAAACAUGAAUUGGGUAGCAUGACAACAAGAAGGUUAGCACACGGCGGAGUUCGAGACGGCGUGCUUGCGUCUUCCGUGUAGACGAAGGAAGAUGGUAGAUGCUAGAAGGCACAUUAGAAGGUUUCAAGAAGGUACUGACAAUUUUCGUAAGGGAGGCGUUGUCACGCCGUGUGUGUAUUCGGGCCUUUAGUUUUUUGAAAAAUAUGAAAAUCCCCUCACAAAACCUGAACCGAAUAUAGACUUGAAACCUAGCUCGGAAUUAGUGCUUUCUUUAUAAAUAUACAACUUCUAAAAUUGAAACCUAAAAACCUCGCAGUUCCAUAGGGUACUAAAGAUAUUUUUUCAUUAUUUUUAGGAAUCAGUUCCAGCAGUACAUUCCCAAAGAGCUUCAACGGUUACCGAGAGCAGUGGGUUUGUUCAAUCGUUACGGGAUAUUGAUCGCAUGGCACUGAAUUUCCUGCUUGAUCCCCACAAACGGCGUAACAUAACACGAAAGGAUGUUCUUGAUGUUCAAUCUAGAGUUAGAGAUUUAAAUAGUCAUCUUGAAGGCCUCAUCCGUUCAGUAAUAUCGUUUCAAACUUUCGACCCGCAAACACGUUAUGUUACUGAUAUCUAUCUACAUAAAAUGUCUACCAUGUUUGAUUUCAUUGAUACAGAGCACAAAUUCUUCAAGUUUCUCACAGAAUCAGAUCUUUUUAAACAGCCAAGAGUUUUUAUCAUUAAGAACAAUAGCAUUAAUGAAGUAGACAAUGACAUUAGUAUCAAAUCUACACAUUUAAUCUUACUGGAUAUAGAGUUUCAAAUCAGGAAAUUUUUUGAAACCGAAAAUGUAUUAAUAGAUAUAAUCACCAACAUCAACAAACUAAUGCAAGUCAGAGAUAAAUAUGUAAAUUUCGUUAGUGGUAUUUUAUAUCAAAGCAAUGUUGAUAAACACCCAGGAAAACUAAUUAUUCCACUAUUUUUCUAUACCGAUGAAUUUGAGAUCAAUGAUCCAUUGAGCUCCCACAACAAAAGGCAUUCGAUUUCUGGUUUAUAUUAUUCAUUUCCAACACUGCCUGAGCACCAACUAAGUAAAUUAAGCAAUGUAUUUAUUGCCGGUGCAAUCAAGAAAGUUGAUAUUUCUGAACAUGGAAUAGAUACGUUUAUGAAGCAUGUAGUAGAUGUGUUCAAAAAAAUCGAAGAAAAUGGAAUUACUAUCCAUACCAGUAACCGAGAAUACAAAAUACACGUUUCGUUGAUGCUUGUUCAAGGAGAUAACUUAGGUAUUCACCAAACAUUGCGGUUUGCUGGAUCAUUUUCGGCAAAGUUCUACUGUAGAUUCUGCCGGAGGCCGAGAGAAUUCUUGCAGUGUGAUACGAAAGAAUACGAAGAAUACUUACGAACGAUCGAAAACUAUGAAACAGACGUUGCACUUAAACAGUCAGAGUCUGGUUUAACUGGCAGUUCCGCGUUCAAUGGAUUGACAUCUUUCCACGUAAUUAGAAAUUUUUAUGCGGACUCUAUGCAUGAUCUUUACAGUAUGGGAGUGUGUCAUUAUGGGUUUCUUGAAAUUAUUAACCAUUGUAUUUACACGAAACGUUAUUGCACUCUGUAUGAUAUUAAUAGGAAACGAAAGAUGUUAAACAAUUAUCGGUUUGAGCAAGCCCUGUCUCGCAUGCCAGACUUAGAAGAACAAUUUGUAAAGGCAAGAAAAGGAAAAUGUGUCAGCCUUAGAAUGACGGCUAAUGAAAUGGCUGUUAGUAGAAUUGUAUCAAAUAUUAGAAUUUCUCAAAUACGAUAAUGAAGACUACGCAAUUGCGUCAAGAUGGAAAGUUCACUGUUUUAACAAACAUUAUCAGGCGUUUGAAAUAGGAGAAAAGCUAGAUGAAAUUUAUGUCAUGGUUAUGAAUAUUUUAGAUGGACCACCUUUUACUAUAGAGCAAAUUGAUAAAAAAGUUAUGUUUCGCAGAAAAUUGUAUCAGUCGUUUGAUUAAAUAAAAA